AUGUCGAUAGCUGAUGAACAGAAGUGGCCGUAUUGGGACCAACAAGAACAAGCAGCGGCAUACGAGAAGUUGACAUCAGAUGAGCAGACGACCUUGACUGGUGUAGAUUUCACUGGGGCCCUUUACGUUAAGGAGAAAUCCGGAAGUGAAUCCAAGGCUUACGUCUGUUUGUUCAUGUGCGCUUGUACACGCGCUGUACAUCUUGAAGUGGUUAUGAACCUGUCCGAAGAAUCUUUCCUCAACGCUUUCGGAAGGUUUUCCAGCCGGAAAUCGUUACCAACACCAAUGAUUUCUGACAAUGCGACUACGUAUAUGGCAGCAGCUUCUCAUCUGAAGAAAUUGUUCCAGUCCCCCUCCCUACAAGAAACGCUACGUAACCAGGACACAGAAUGGAGAUUUAUACCGAAACGAGCACCGUGGUAUGGCGGAUGGUGGGAGAGACUGAAUGGCCUAACCAAAACUUCCAUGAAGAAGACACUUGGACGUGCUAACGUUAGUCUUGAAUCACUUCAAACUAUCUUAACGGAAAUUGAGGCUACGAUGAAUGAUAGACCAAUAACCCAUGUAUCGACCAGCAUUGACGAUCCAGAGCCCCUGACCCCGACGCAUCUUUUAUACGGCCGGAGAGUGACGACCCUUCCAUAUCCCGGCAACCCUGACGAUUCUACGAUGAUCCCAAACCUAGACCAUUCCCAGAUCAACAAAAGAGCUAAGUUACAAGCUCAAAUCAUAAGUCAGUUCCAAAAGAGGUGGAAGUUCGAGUACCUGACGGGUCUUCGUGAAUACCAUAGGGCGACCGGCAACAACACGCAGAGCAUUCGAGUAGGCGACGUGGUUCAAAUCCAAGAUGACUUCCCAAGGAUACGUUGGAAACUCGCAGUUGUUGAAGAACUGCUUACCGGAAAUGACGGGUUAACACGUGCCGCCAAAAUACGCACGUGUAAUGGACACACAACCAGGCCAAUCGUAAAACUCUAUCCGUUAGAAGUGCUAUGUGGAAGCGAAACCAAGAGAAACUAG